AUGGUUUUAAAUGACAUUAUCUACCACAGACGAGAAGUUCCGUUAAUCUACAGGGUCCCAGGAAUACAGUUCUGUAGAUCUCUAUCCAGACUUAAGCUACUGCAAACAACCCUGACCUUCCUUUUCCUCCCCCCUAUAUAUUAUUACUUCUUACAAGGACAGGUCACAUAUUCCUUCACCGUAUAUUGCACCGGCACCGCGCUAUUUGCUGGUGUGAUGCUUUACUUCUUCAGCUAUUAUCUCCGGAGAAUCGUAGGGAUGAUGUAUUUAAAUGCAGAUGGCACCAUCUUGAAAGUUUCCCAUUUGACAUUUUGGGGCAAGAGAAGAGACAUCUUUAUCCCAGUGGAAGAUGUGAAAACUUUGUCUGAAACUGGAGACAACAAACAUGAAACCCUCCGUCAGCUACAGCGUUACAGCACUUCUGAUAAAUUGUAUUUUACAACGCGUUUUGGGCAUGUUUUGGACACAGAUAAAUUUAUUCUGUUGUUUGGUAAAUUUAAAUAA